CCCCUUGCACUGGGAAAGUGUCGAAAUGUGGGCGGGCUAGGGGAGACGUCGUCCUGCAAGCGCGCUUGGCUGGGUUACUAGAAAACGGCUCUCCGCCUCGCCUGCGCCUCCGUCGGUGCCACCCAGGAGCGCAAGGAAAACAGCCGCGGUUUGGCAAUGUGGCGGCUUCUCCGCAGCAGCCUCCUGCAGCUCGGCCGUCGGGGUUCUCCCUCCCUCCUGCCUCCUGGUGCGUUGGGGAGCUUUGGGGUAAGACCCGGAACUGUAGCCUCGAACCAUGCAUAUAGCACAGACGAGAGGAACGCCACUAAGUCCACUGAGCGCUUUCCAAUGUCUAAAGAGGAGGAUUUGCCAAAUGAUAUAGCAGAACUUAUGAAGAGAGAAGAAGCAAAGCGUGGGUUUUUGCCCAAUGUGCUCAAGGUGAUGUCUCACCGUCCAGCAGAACUCAGAGCAUUCCUUGCUUAUUUCAGUGCCGUUGUGAACAAGGAGACAGGAAACCUUAGCAUGGCUGACAAAGAGCUCAUUAUCGUGGCUACGAGUGUUGCAAACAAGGUUCCCUACUGUGUAAUUGCACACAGUGCCUUACAUCGGAUGUACUCUAAGAGACCAGUGCUGGCAGAUCAGAUCAUGGUGAACUGGAAGAUGGCUGACCUAAGUGAUCGUGAGCUAGCCAUGCUUGAGUUUGCACUCGCUGUCUGUCGAGCAGAUACCAUCACCAAAGAACACUUUCAGAAGCUGGAGGCACACGGGUUUGACCGAGAAGAUGCCUGGGACAUAGGCGCCAUUUCAGCCUUUUUUGCCAUGGCAAAUCGCAUAGCUCAGUUCACAGAUAUGCAGCCAAACCCAGAAUACUACACCAUGGGAAGGACACUGAGAGAGAAAGAGAAGACCAAAUAGCCCCCAAAUCUUUGGAAUGAAAUUGGACUCCCGAUGCUAGGGCCAAAGUUCACUAAUUAGUAAGUGGCGGGUACAAGUUAAAAGUGGCAGGCAAAGAAUCCAAUGAGAAGGGAAAUGUACUUU